CCCCCGAGCUUUAUCAGGCUCCCCACACACAUCGCUGGCUUCCUUUGGCACCCAGCGUUGGUGACCCGAGCCGAGCAGCCACCGCCUCCGAGCCCAGUCUCCCUCCUCCCGCCCGUGGGUCACCGCGCCUCCGGGCUUUGCUCCCCAAAGCGCCGCGGCGCCCACCGCCUUUCAGGUUCAUCCUGGGCUGGACCUGUUUUGCUCAUCCCUAAACCCGGAGAAGUGGAAUCUGCACACUGAAACUCUCGGUGGCUGGAGCGGCGGACUGGGCAUGCUCAGAAGCCAGGCUUGGCUUUGGUCUCAAGUCGAGGGAAGCUUUUGCACUCGCGAGGCAGCGGCGACUUUAGGGAAAGUUGAUCCGAGAGGGGAGGAAGCCCCAAGACGCGGAGCAGCGGCAGGAAGGAGCCCCCGGCAGCCCGGAGGAGCAUGGGCACCCUGCGGGAUUUACAGUAUGCGCUCCAGGAGAAGAUCGAGGAGCUGAGGCAGCGGGAUGCUCUCAUCGAUGAGCUGGAGCUGGAGUUGGAUCAGAAGGACGAACUGAUCCAGAAGCUGCAGAACGAACUGGACAAGUACCGCUCGGUGAUCCGGCCGGCCACCCAGCAGGCGCAGAAGCAGAGCGCCAGCACCUUGCAGGGUGAACCGCGCACCAAGCGCCAGGCGAUCUCCGCGGAGCCCACCGCCUUCGACAUCCAGGAUCUCAGCCACGUGACUCUGCCCUUCUACCCCAAGAGCCCACAGUCGAAGGAUCUCAUAAAGGAGGCCAUCCUCGACAAUGACUUCAUGAAGAACUUGGAGCUGUCACAGAUCCAGGAGAUUGUGGAUUGUAUGUACCCCGUGGAAUAUGGCAAGGACAGCUGCAUCAUCAAGGAAGGCGAUGUGGGGUCACUGGUGUACGUCAUGGAAGAUGGGAAGGUUGAAGUCACAAAGGAAGGUGUGAAGCUCUGCACCAUGGGUCCUGGAAAGGUGUUCGGGGAGCUGGCUAUACUUUACAACUGUACCCGGACAGCGACCGUCAAGACUCUUGUAAAUGUGAAACUCUGGGCCAUCGAUCGACAAUGUUUUCAAACAAUAAUGAUGAGGACAGGACUUAUCAAGCAUACCGAGUACAUGGAAUUUUUAAAAAGUGUUCCAACAUUCCAGAGCCUUCCUGAUGAAAUCCUCAGCAAGCUGGCUGAUGUCCUCGAAGAGACCCACUAUGAAAAUGGAGAAUAUAUCAUCAGGCAGGGUGCAAGAGGAGACACCUUCUUUAUCAUCAGCAAAGGGAAGGUGAACGUUACUCGAGAAGACUCACCAAGUGAAGACCCAGUCUUUCUUAGAACUUUAGGGAAGGGAGAUUGGUUUGGAGAGAAAGCCUUGCAGGGGGAGGAUGUGAGAACAGCAAACGUUAUUGCCGCAGAGGCUGUCACCUGCCUUGUGAUUGACAGAGACUCUUUCAAGCAUUUGAUUGGAGGACUGGACGAUGUUUCCAACAAAGCCUACGAGGACGCAGAAGCAAAAGCAAAAUAUGAAGCCGAAGCUGCCUUCUUCGCCAACCUGAAGCUGUCUGAUUUCAACAUCAUUGACACCCUCGGAGUCGGAGGUUUCGGACGCGUAGAGCUGGUCCAGUUGAAAAGUGAAGAAUCCAAAACAUUUGCAAUGAAGAUCCUCAAGAAACGCCACAUUGUGGACACGAGACAGCAGGAGCACAUCCGCUCAGAGAAGCAGAUCAUGCAGGGGGCUCAUUCUGACUUCAUUGUGAGGCUGUACAGGACAUUUAAAGACAGCAAAUACUUGUAUAUGUUGAUGGAAGCGUGCCUGGGUGGAGAGCUCUGGACUAUUCUCAGGGAUAGGGGUUCGUUUGAAGACUCGACAACCAGGUUUUACACCGCAUGUGUGGUAGAAGCGUUCGCCUAUCUGCAUUCCAAAGGAAUCAUUUACAGGGACCUCAAGCCUGAGAAUCUCAUCCUAGAUCAUCGAGGCUAUGCCAAACUGGUUGACUUUGGCUUUGCAAAGAAAAUAGGAUUUGGAAAGAAAACAUGGACUUUUUGUGGGACUCCAGAAUAUGUAGCCCCAGAGAUCAUCCUGAACAAAGGCCAUGACAUUUCAGCUGACUACUGGUCACUAGGAAUUCUGAUGUAUGAGCUUCUGACUGGCAGCCCACCUUUCUCAGGGCCAGAUCCAAUGAAAACCUACAAUAUCAUACUGCGGGGGAUUGACAUGAUAGAAUUUCCAAAGAAGAUUGCAAAAAAUGCUGCUAAUUUAAUUAAAAAACUAUGCAGGGACAACCCAUCAGAGAGGUUAGGAAAUUUGAAAAACGGAGUCAAAGACAUUCAAAAACACAAGUGGUUUGAGGGCUUUAAUUGGGAAGGCUUAAGAAAAGGCACCUUGACACCUCCCAUAAUUCCAAGUGUUGCGUCACCCACAGACACAAGCAAUUUUGACAGUUUCCCUGAGGACAGCGAUGAGCCACCACCUGAUGACAACUCAGGCUGGGACAUAGACUUCUAAUGUAUUUCUCUUACCUGCUUCUGCCUUGCUGAAGACAGCUUUUUUUCUGAGACACAGCUGCCAGCAAACCUGAGGGAAAGAGAGAAGAUUCGUGCUCGGGGUCACCAUGAUGCCUUUGAUCGAUGCUGCUCCAGUGACUACAGUGGCAUUAGGACUUAUCGCUUAGAUUACGAUAGUGCUCUUUAUCUGUUUUAUGUUUGAACCUAAAAUAGCAGUUGACAUGGUGGUCCUGAAGCAAAGCCUUUCACCAGUAAAAUGAUGUUUUCUAUUGUUGCAAUAGCCUUGCUUUGCUCUGAUUAUAUUUUGAAAGAGUGUAGGAAACACUUCAAUCUAGUAGAAGGGUCUGUAUCUUGCUAGAACUACCAAGAAGAAUAGAGAAUCAUAUAUUUGGUACGAUAGAUGACUGUGGUACGGAACCUGGGCUACAUUCCCUUUCAUCAAGAGAAGGGUAUAGAGCCUGUGACUGCAAGCUGGUAUAUAUAUCUCGUACAACGAGGACCACACAUCGGUGGGUUGCAGAGUUCAUGUCAAACCAGUGCUAGAUGUGUCUGAGUUUCUUCCCGAGCUGAUGACGAGACUGAAUGUUACCUUUUCUUUCUGAUCGAUUCUAAACAUUGGCCCUGAUUUUAAAAGCACAACUGAAUGGUUCUUGUACGAGUCUCCCAUGGUGGGUACAUAGUAUGUUUUUGGAGGAUGGGAAAUGUGCGAGAAAACUGAGAAAUUGACAUGACAAUAUAGAAGUGGGGAAAGGAAUUCACAACACCAUUUCAUAUCUUUAAAAAAAAAAACAUAUUGUGCUUAUAGAUGGUCCUGGAAAUGAUUAGUAGCCAAUUGGUUUUAUUUAUUACCUAACAUCCUCAGACUGAGGCUUAAACUAUUCCCUUUUAUAAGAAUAAACCCCUGGGGGAAGGGGUGGGGUAGGGUGGGGAGGAAUUAAGACCCAUCCAAAAAAUAAAAAUGAAAAGGUGCUAUGUCUUUCUUUUAUCUGUAACAUCGGUGUCUGAAUGGAUGACACAGAUUCUAAUCAUCAUGUCUAGCCAGAGACUCAAGCAUUUUCACCAACUUUAUUAAAAAUAAACUCCUGUCAGACAUCGCAACACAGUCCAGGUCUCAGAGAGGAAGGAUACUAAAAAUGUAUUUAAAGUAGUCUCUUGUCUUAGGCCUGAACCAAAACAAAAUACAUCUGCCCAGUCUGAAAGCACAAAGGCAGAGGUAUUCAGACUUACUGUGCUAAGGAGCUUUGUUGACUUGAGGCCAGGGAGGAAGGCAGGAGUAUUGGGCUGUUCCCUAGGGAAGUUUAUCGGAAGAAGAAGGGGUAAGAAAGGAAAACAGGAAACUGAUUUUUCAAAACUACAUUUUAGAUGAAUCAAGCAGAGGUAUUGCAAUCUUGAAAUUUCACGUGAGCUAGAGAAGAUCAAAUUUGAAAAUAUCAGAUGGACUGUCCUUUUCAUGGGUGGUAAAGAAUCAUCCAAUUAAACCAAGAAUGUGUUGUCGGCAGGCCAGUUGGCCACUAUUAUUAAGUGGCACAACUUUCCAGAGUUUUCCCUUGGCAGGUGACAUUUUAUUUGUACAGACAAAUGAAAAAUUGUCCAAGAUAACAUCUUGAUUUGGAUAUAUGUGUGUUAAUAGAGGUUUGCUAUUUUUCCAGUAGGGUUUUUUUUUCUAUAUAUAUGAAUUCCUACAAAAAAAUGUUUCCAUUAGAUUAUCAUACCCUAGCCAAUAAAUCACAUGAUUUUUGUUUCAAAUUUCAUCCUUAAAACUACUUUCAAUUGUGCUUAUCCUAUCAAAAUAUAAUACUCUAAAAUUUACAUUUGAAGCCUAAAACUGCUGAGUGAUAUUUAAGCAGGAAAAAGUUCAUUAAAACUUUGAUAUGAUGAUGAUGAUGAUGAUGAUGAUGAUGAUGAUGAUGAUGAUGACUGGAAUCCUCUCUUUCAUAAGCAAUUCUCAAGAUUACUAGAUUUCCCAAGAGAUCUAUAGAUUUCAACAGACUAUAUAAAAUAAAAUUAAACACAUCAAGCUAAAGUUCAGGGAUUUCUGGAGGUUUAUUUAUCUUUUAACUGGCUUUAAAAACAUAAUUCUAUCAUUAUCAUCAGCGUUCAAUAAUUUUUGUUGCAAGAUAGUGUGGUUUAGGUAUGCUAAAGGCUUGCGACCAUGUUAUAUUAGCCUUGAUUUUAGUAGACGGCAUCUGUCUCUCUAACUUUUCAAAUAGUCACAGAUCCCCAGGAAUUAGCACAGAACUGGGGUUCAAGGCUAAGACAACAUGUGUGUGUGUGUGCUCAUGUGCAUGUGUGUGUGUGUAUGUGUGUGUGAGCG